CGCGUACCCUCCGCGAUGAGGAGACGAAAAACUGUACCGCGACCUUUGAUCAACGAACUCGGCGGCGUUAAAAAUUGAUCGGCCUGAUGUGCUGGAGAGCAGCGCAUUGUGCGCGGAGCCUUUCAACGCAUCGAUUUUCCGCUCAAUCCACAUCAGACGAAUGUCUUCGUAUAGGUACGAGUGAGAGAGGGCAGUGCUUCUCAACUCGGUGCAUGUGUACAGGUGGCGAGAAGAAGAGGAGAGACAGCAUGGAUUCGAGCUACUCCGUGCUCAACGGCAGCAGCGAACUCGACUCGGCUAGAAUGUUCGAUCAGUAUCCCUACAAGUCAACGAGAAGCGAGAACCUCGACCUGUCCCUAAACGUGCCGCAACAGCACCAUCACCACCAGCCACAGCACCACCACCAGCAGCCGGCGUACCAUCACCACCACGGCGGCUACAACAUGGCCGAACAGACGUUUCACACGCCGAGCUUUGGUGACGAGGACUUCGACAUACCGACGAUGCACACGCACCCGCAUCAGCAACACCAGCAGUCCCAACAACAUCACCAGCCACAACAGCCACACGAUCCAAUGGGACAUCACGCAUACCAGUCACAGGUACAUAUACGUAUGAUGUCGGGGGCUGGUAUGCAACAGUCACCGGACGGACUGAGCCUCGAUCCAGGCGGAUACCAGCAGCCGCUCUACCUUCAGCAGGAACAUCCCAUGCAGUCGAUCAACGUCAGCCAAGCGUAUAGCAGUCCUCAAAGCUCUUACACGACUAUGAGCUCGCCAGGCCACCAGCACAGUGGUCAGCAACAGAUGCUGAUGAUGCAACAACAGCAGCAACAGCAGCAACAACAACAACAGAUGCAACACAUGCAGUACUUGCACUCACAGCAGCACAUGCAGCAGCAACAACAACAGCAGCAGCAACAACAACAGCAACAACAGCAACAACAGCAGCAAUUGCAGUACAGGAGCCAGGCUGGAGGCAGUCCCCCAGCGAUGCAGCAAACAGCCGCGCCCGAGAACACGACGACCAGCGAGGACAGCGACGACAGCACGCCGCACUCGGCGAUGAUAACGGGUAUCAAGAGACCUUCCCCGGAGCCGGCCGACACGAUUUGUAAAGCGCAAAAGAAACCAAAGGCCCAGAAGAAAAAAAAGAAGAGGGAUCCCAACGAGCCACAAAAGCCAGUAUCCGCGUACGCGUUGUUCUUCAGAGACACGCAGGCGGCCAUCAAAAGUCAAAACUCGAACGCGAGCUUCGGCGAAGUUUCGAAAAUCGUCGCGUCUAUGUGGGAUGCCCUCGAAACAGAACAUAAGGACGUUUACAAGAAGAAAACUGAGGCUGCGAAGAAGGAGUACUUGAAAGCGCUAGCAGCCUACCGAGCAAGUCUCGUGCAAAAGGGCGGCGACGAACAGGCGGUCGCGGCAGCGGCAGCGGCCCAGCACGCGGCCCAAGCUCAGCAGCAAGCUCAGCAACAAGCGGCGGUUCAGCAGCAGGCCCAACAGCAGCAGCAGCAGCAACAGCAACAACAACAGCAGCAGCAGCAACAACAACAACAACAACAGGUGUACGCGAACUAUGGUACGCCAUACGGACAGACCGCCGGACCCCCGGCUGGCGUUGCUUAUCAGGUCUACAGCCCUCAGCCACCGUCGCCCCAGCAGCAACAACAGCAGCAGCAGCAGCAGAUGGGUCAGAUCAAGAAGUCGCCACAUCACCUGUCGCCCAGCUCGCACAUGCAGGCGAAUCAACAUCCACAGAGUCUAAUGAGCAACCCGAUGGCACCUCCACCUCACAUGACGCAGCAGCACAUGCAGCCGCAGGUCCCGCAGCAGCAGCAGUAUAUGCAGCAGGUGCCACAGUCACAACAGGUGCCAGUACAGCAGCAGCAACAGCAACAACAACAGCAGAUCCUGCAUAUGAGUCCACCGCGAGGCAACGAUUCCUUGUCGAGUCCGCCGCCAGGUAGCAACUCUCAAGUAGCCGCUGCUGCUAUGGCUCAACAGCAGCAGCAGCAACAACAGCAUCCGACCAAUGGCUGCAUUCGUCACGGCUGCCCUAAUCCCGCCAUCUCCAAUCAUGAAUGGGAGGACGAGUACUGUAGUAACGAGUGCGUAGUUAGCCACUGCAGGUUUGUGGAUGUUUUCAACAAUUGGGUACCGACAAAUCAGAAUCCACAGCAGAACUUCUCGACAGUUAAGUAAGAAUCAGGAAAUCAUCGAGACCAGACACAAUGACAUGAAAUAUUGAAAUUAAUAUUUAACAAACCUAUACGCAUUGGACUUUCGACAAAUCGGAGAAGGUCCGUCGUCGACUGAGAUAACAAAAUAAGUCUUAUCUGGUAUGUACAUAGAAGAAGAGGCGUAAAGAAAAAGAUUAAUUUUUUGGGAACGCAAUCAAAACUCGUGCCCUGGACUGAAUUGAAAGUGCGAGUAAUUCACAAACCUUGAAUUCUUUUCUCAACUUUUCUUGUCGCGUGAAAGGAGAAAUAGUGCGCUUCAGCACCUUCAACAGUCGAUGAUGCGAAAUAGAGAAAGAGAGAAAUGGAAAUCAAAGAGGGAACUAAAAACAAACAAGAGUAGCAAAUGCAUUAUAAUUUUAGUCGAUAUUCUAAUUUCUUGAUAGUAUAUUUUUUGUCUAUUUGUUACGUCGUUUUAUGAAAGGCACGAAAUAGUUGUACGAUGCUUCUUUUACGGAGUUAGAAAAUACGAGACGGCAAAAAAAUAUAAUCUCGGAGUUUAUCGUAAAAGGAAGAUGUUUGUUUUGCGUAUCAAUUUGGUAAAGAAGGAAACUGAAAAACAGCGAAACACAAAAAUAAGAGAAGCAUUACAAUUUAAGGAGAGAAGUCGCAUGUAAAUAAGAGAAGAGGCAGGCAAACGCGAAUACGGAUGCAUAACUCUUUGUAACUUUUUUGAAAGUGAUAGAUAGAAAGGCGAAAAAUCGAUGAGAGUCCCAAGCGAUAUUGACUUUAUCGCGUGCUCUCGGACGAGUAGUUAGGAAUUCGCAAAGAUGAAGUUAAUACAAGUAAAAUAUAACGAAUUCUCUAGGCGUAGAGAACGUUGAUCGAUGAUCAAGUGGUUUGCUGUACGAUCAGUCAGUUAUAUGUAGCACGACAAAUAAGAAUGCGCAUUAAAUAUGCACACCCUGGAAAAAACAUACAAUUUAUUUUAGUAAAGUUUUAUUUCUGGAUUUUCUGUUCUAAAAAUGAUUUUUUAACCAUUUUUUAACAAAUUACGUUUGCGUAGCCUACACUUAUUAGGUUUGAAAAAAAAAACUUUUUAGGUUUUGCAGAUAAUUGACAAUGUUUGGUCAACGCGUUUAGAAAUAUCAGAAUAAAUGUAUGUUAUUUUCAGCGGAACACAGUAAACGUUGACGAGAAUAAAAGAGUGGAAGAAAGAGAAAAAGGGAAGGAAAGAGGAAAAGCGUAUAACGAUAAACCGAAUAUGACGGUUACAAUAUGAUGAUUGACGAUAUAUGUUCCUGACUGCUCUCGCCGCCUCCCACGGUGGCACUGAUCGGGGGCUAAUAUACAUACACAUACAUAGAUAUACAAAUAUAUUUAUGCGACAAAGACAGAGAAAACAAAAAUCAUUGUGUAUAAUAAACAAUACUUCAGGCAGUCGCAGCGGCGCCCAAAAAACAUCCCCUUAUCGCACUCACCUUCGUGUCUCCCUAAUCCUUGUCCUACUCCUCAUCCUAAUAUUCCUUUCCUUACGAGCGCGUGUUUACUUCGUGAGGUUUUGUUGUUGAUCAUCACUAUCUCUCUCUUUCAGAAAGCGAUUAUUUUUCUAUAAUGAUAAGGGUAUUAUGAUAUCGUGCGUUUCUGCGAGCCGCACGCAUGCGAUGAUUUAUUAUGUAUGUUCGAAGUGCCGAUUGAACGACUUCUUAUAUUUUUAUUUUGUUUUUUAUCAUCAUUAUUAUAAUUGUAACUAUCAAUAUUAUUUUUAUGAUUUGUAUUUUAUUGAUCGACCUGAUUAUUUUGUUGCCAGUUCCUCAGUGCCAAUGACUUUUCUCUUUAGCUUGUUUUAUUCUUGAAUGAUAGUUAAACAGUGGAAGGCAAUAUUUCUAUAACUAACACGCUCGCCAUUAUGAAUAAAUGAUUCAAUAAAAUAGUUGAGAAAAUAAAUUUUACAUUCAGUUGCAAAGUAAUCGAAUUAUUACAUAUGUUAUUAGAAAUUACUUCCACGUGAUCGAUUACUGGCAGACGAGAUAAUUACGACUUCAACAGCUAUAUAAAAUUGUAGAAGAAUUUUUUCUCUUUUUUAUACAACGUACUGAUUAUAAUUUCAUUGAUUAAUGAACAGGUCGAUUGUGGGCCCCUAAAACAGUUUUGUAAAAGUGUUCUUUGGCGUCCCAUUUGUAUGUUUACUAGUUAAGUAUAUAUUUUUGUUAUUAUAUAACGAGAUUAGCGAAACGUUGCACGAACGAUUGUUCACUCGGCUUUGUGGGUUGAAGACGCAUUUAUUUUUAUUAAUAUUAAAAAUCAUUCAUUUUUACGCAUAUUAAAAUGCGUAUGUCAAAUUGAAACAAACUGUUUGAAAAUAGGAUCUGUGCGACGACGUUCGCGCAUACGAGGCGCUGCUCUCCUAUUCUUAUGCGUUUUUUCUCGUUUAUUUUUAUUUUUAUUUUUUUUUUUCAUUUAAGAAAGAUCUUUUACGUAUAGACUUACCAACCCUGCCCCCUUUUUUUCACAUUCUUAUUGUACAUACAUAAAAGAAAUAUUUGAUAGAUAUCUAGGCUAAGUCAUAAGAAAACAAAUUAUAGUCGAUACUGUAUUAUAUACCGAUGAUGAUUUGAGGUAUAUUAAGAAAAAGCACGAUAUAUAUAAAUAUUAUAUGAAAAAAUAUAAAUAUAUUCUAUCUCCAUGCGUGGAGUGCGGCGAAUUCGUUAAAAUGUAUUAUUUGUCCGGUGUCAAAUAAUAAAUAAGUAAUGUAGCUUCCAAUAGAGUUUUGCAAUGAAAUCAAAAUGUAAUAUUUAGAUUAUUUGUAUUUUGAUUUUAUUCCAUUACUAUUAGAAGUAUAUGUUAUAUUUCAAAGCUGACGUCGUUCGAACAAUGUAUUUUGUUAAUUAUUAAAUAUUAAUAAUAUGUUUGAUAAACGAAAUGGUAAAAUUAUGACGAAUAAGAGAGCGAAUUUCGCCGAGCUCCCACGAAGCCUCCAAUCGAUAACUGCGACUGGCGAGCAUAGUUAUUAUUGAUUAUUGAGUAAAGAUUAAGAAAAAAAAACGUUGGGUAAUCAAGUCGCCACAAGAGGCGAAGAUUCUUAAAAACAUACAUGGAUAAUACCAUCCUGCGGACAACUAUACGCAGAUGAAAAUCCCAAGCGAUAUGCUAAUGAUAAGAAAACUACGCGUAAGACACAACGUUUCUUCGCCAACGCGAGCGAUCAGUUUUAAGAGAAAAUAAAGCAAGGAAAAAAAUUGUUCUUCAUAACCGUGCGAGGCUCUGUAUAACUUAUGUAGAAACAAGUUGUUCUGUUUUUUGUUUACGAUGUACGCGAGCGUGUUCGAAGUUUUGAUGAAAGCAAAUGCGAUAGAAGUGGAGAGAUAAUAAUAAAAAUGCGUACCUAUCGAUGAUAUACACAUACAGACACACACGCUAAAGAAAAAAGUAAAUCUAGCAACUAUCGAGCGUAUAAUAGUAGCACUAGCACUACACAUCAAAAGCUAAUAUAUGAUGGUGAUUUGCAAUGAUUUAUGUUCGUUUCUAUUGUUUUCUGUACAAAGACUUCAUUAUUAUUAAACGAUUUCAGUCCCAA